GACGGGAAGAAUCUAAUCGAAGGAUCUCGUCUAAUUCUGUCCCUUCAACCGAUGACGGGCUAAGCGAUAAAUAUUUUGGAAUUUUCAGUACGGCUUUGCAGCAGCUUAUGUGGACUGCGAGAGUGCUUAAAAACCUAAAGAAGACAUCUUACAUUGUGCAUACAUGAGCAGGAAUGGACUAAUUUGGAGAUUCGUGCAAUCAGCUCAACUACAGGCUAUCGAUACCUUACAACACCCUGUGUUGGUUACGCAGACGACAUCAUAAUUUCGCGCCAUUGAGUCAUGAAUCUGCAAAUUUGUUGAAACUUUCACCUUUUUUUUUUCUUCGCCCGUCGAGUUAAAAUCAGCCAUGGAUAUGGGCAAAGAGCUGGAAACAGAGACCUAUCGAGAAGGAUAUCUCCAAAGGAAAAAGGGGGUUGGUAAGAGUGUAAAGAAGCGAUGGUUUUGUUUGAACCAAGAUGCUUUCAUCACAUUUAAAUCAGAAGAUGAUUCCAAAAAGAGUGAUCAGGAAUGUCUGGAUGUGCUCCCGCUCGUGGAUGUGCAGACGGUGAAGAAACAGAACACCAAAAAUUACAAGUAUUACCCCUUCGAGGUCAUCACCUUGCAGAAGACACUAAUAUUCUUAACUGACAGUGCAUACGAACAGGACCAGUGGGUGAAAGCCUUCCAUAAUGCCAUGAAACUCCGAAGUUUCAACCGACAGAAGUCUGACGUCACAUCCAAAUAUUCAAAUGGCAAAGACAGAAGAAGCAGUACCGGUGCGAGAAAGCUUUCUCAUAUAAAGAAGUACAUGCAAGAUAACAUCCGACCCGGCCAGCAGCGAAAAUCAUCUGGUGUGGAGUGCGACCUCGGCGAAACACCCGACUAUCAAGGUAUCCCCAUCGGGCCCAUGGACGUCGAACACGAUGACGUGUUCGAAUCCAAUAAAUCAAAAUCCUCGUCGACGACGAAGAGCCCACAAACUGUGCAAUACGUCGCCCUGCACGGAGACAAGGUCGACGGCGGUGGUAUGAGUAACAGCGGCAAGAGUCGGGCAAGCGAUGACAGCGGACAGGGAUCACACGAAGUCCGUAAUUUGGACUCGACGUCGAGCGCGAAUACGGCGUCGUCUGAUGGCGACGUCGAGAGCGUGCCGUUAACGCCUCCACCCGUACCAGCGCCGGCAUCAUCCGGGUUAAGUCGAUCGAAGAAACAACGCGUGUUCGAGGACGAGCAGAUUUACGACGAACCUCCGCGCAUCGACGAGGAUAUUUACGAUGUUCCUCCUCGUGAAAAUGAAAGUGAGGAUGAACUCGAGAAUGAAGAGGAGCAGGAGAACGAUGAAAUGGAGGGAGAGGGACGACUCGAAGAUAACGAAGAGUAUCAUUCAUCAGGGUUGAUUAAAUCAUCAGCCAUGAUCAAUCUACAGAAGAUCCUCCUCGAAGACAGCGAAGAUGACGACGACGACGACGAUAUAGCCGAUAAUGGCGAUGAAAGCGAAUACGAAAACGUUACCGGACAAAACGAUGAAGAUAGUUUAGAAGUUGCAUUAACCGAGAAAGGUGUCGAAAAAUCAGCUGUAGAUCAAUUAAAAGAUUUGUUAGAGAGUUUUGAUGAUCUCUAACAAGAGUGGGACUAGGACUUUGGAAUAAUUUGAUUGGAAACCGAACUCAAGAAAUAUGGCUGUGACAAGUGUGAUCACAUGGACGGACUAGUGAUCAAUUGUUUUUAUUGUAAAUAGUUAUGAAUGAAGUUGACGAACGAUCCAAAUAUUGAUGUUUGUAAUUAUGAGUUUUGUUUAGCUAGACAUGGCCAUAAGGGGGAUCCAUGUGUAGGCGUACGAGGCGCCUGACGCUUUUUAAAGGCAACCAUCACCUCAAUUUCAGGCAGGACGGUGUCCGAAAUUUUUUAUCUUGAUCUUGUGUAUUUAGAUAACGAAGAAACAUUUUACAAUGUUAUCAUAAUAGAGUGUCUCUCUUUUUUCCUAAAUCGGUAGCAGAAUUUGAAA